UGGUUCGUAAAUGCUGACCAUUUUCAAAACGGGAAAGUGUAUCGUAUUACCUGGCUGUAAUUGAAGUGAGAAACCGUUAACAGAGGACGAAUGCUACUCUGUGGACGCCGGUUUGAUUACCAUCAGCAUUGCAUUGCAGUUCGAAAGAAUUAAAAACUCCGGUGGGACGCGCGAUUGGUAAAUUGCUCAUGUUUGCGGGAGAUUAAGGCAGAAGCAACAAAUAGUACUUACGACUUACGUUUUAUGAUAUAUUACAAGCAGUGCCACCGUCAUAUGGUCAGUUGAGGAGACAAGAUGGCAAGAGGCAACCAGAAGGACCGGGACUUGGAGGAGGCUGAAGCGAUGGAAGCGGAAGCGGCACCACGUGUCGGUUGCUGCCGGAGAACGAUGAAGUACAUCGGUGCGUACUGGCGAUCGAUGGUGGUCAUCAUAGCACCGAUGAUUGCCUCGCUAGUGUUCCUGAUCGAUACCUCGCCCGCCUAUCGGUGUAUGUUUGUUGUGCUGACCAUGUCACUGUACUGGGUAACGGAAGCGUUACCCCUACCCGUUACGUCUAUGCUCCCGAUCGUACUGUUCCCUGUGCUCGGUGUGCUGGAAACCGAUCGUACCUGUAUGAUGUACAUGAAGGAAACGAUGCUAAUGUUCAUCGGUGGCAUCAUUAUUGCGCUGGCAGUGGAGUACUGUAAUCUGCACAAGCGUGUCGCCUUGAAGGUGAUCUCCGUGAUCGGAUGUAGCCAGCGGCGGCUUAAUUUCGGACUCACCGUAGUAACGAUGUUCGUGUCGAUGUGGAUCUCAAACACGGCCGCCGUAGCCAUGAUGUGCCCAAUUAUGCAGGCCGUGCUGGAAGAGCUGGAAUCGCAAGGAUUGUGCCAGAUGUACGAACGCAGGAAGAAAACGGGCGAAGAGGAAGGCAUGCUUGGCAAGGAGAAGAUCGACGAUGAUACCCCUCGGCCAACGAAAACGACCCUUUGCUAUUUCCUCGGUGCAGCUUAUGCGUCCACCCUUGGUGGCUGCGGUACGAUCGUGGGCUCCGGUGUGAAUCUUACCUUCAAGGGCAUUUACGAGAGUCGCUUCCCGACGGCACCCGGUAUCGAUUUUCCGAAGUUUAUGUUUUACAACGUUCCCGGUAUGCUGGUGUACACGUUCCUCACCUGGGUUUACCUGCAGUGGCUGUACAUGGGCAUGUUCAGACCAAACAGUCCCGAAGCGAAGGCAGCGGAUAUUGGUGUGGAGGGUGAAGCGGUAGCAAAGCGUGUUAUCGAGACACGGUACAAGGAGCUGGGACCGAUGACGUCGCAUGAGAAGAGUGUUGCAUUUCUGUUCAUCGUUGCAGUAAUACUGUUCUUUACCCGUGAGCCCGGAUUCAUCACCGGUUGGGCGGAUGUGCUGGACAGUGUCAAGAUCAAAGAUGCGACACCGGCCAUGUUUAUUGUGAUAGUGUUGUUCAUGAUUCCCGCCAACUGGCGCUGUUUGAAGUUCUGCCGCAGUAAGCCAGGACGCCUCCCAACCGAAGCAACACCCGGACUGAUCACGUGGAAGUUCAUCAACCAGAAGGUACCGUGGAGUCUAAUCUUCUUGCUCGGCGGUGGGUUCGCGCUGGCGGAAGGUGGACGCGUGUCUGGAAUGUCUGAACUGCUUGGCCAAUCGUUGGCAGGAUUAAAGACACUUCCACCAUUGCUGUUGCUGUUCGUGGUGUGUCUUACGGCACAAACACUGACUGAGUUCACUUCGAAUGUGGCCAUCUGCAACGUAAUCUUACCCGUACUAGCAGAAAUGGCAAUUGCGAUCGAGAUUCACCCCCUGUAUCUAAUGUUCCCGGCAGCGAUGUCUUGCAGCUUUGCGUUCCACAUGCCCGUAGGAACGCCGCCGAAUGCGAUCGUCGCCGGUGUUGGCAACAUUGCGAUCAAGGAUAUGGCUGUGGCCGGUAUUGGACCGUCGAUAUUUACGCUGCUCGUUAUCUGGGCCAGCUUCCCCACGUGGGGUGCGGUCGUUUACCCGGAGCUUGCAUCUUUCCCCGACUGGGCCCGGCCCGUCAUCGCGAAUGCUACGGUUAAUUAAUUUUUGAAAGCAACAGAUAACAGUGACAUAGUUUAGUGUGAAAUGAUUUCUUUUUAUCCUCUCCACGAAUGUGGCAAGAAAGCUCCGGGUGGGAGAUGAAAAACUUCUUCGCGUGUUGUAUCUUCCGUUAGGGAGCGAACAAUUGACUUCACAUACCUGUGGUUUUGGUACGUGCGUUAUUUUUUUAUGUUAGAAUACGUACCAAAACAUGUGUGCCAAAAGUAGUAGCCAAGCUGGUCAAGUGUAGGAAUUAUGGUGUAAAGCGUGGAAAAGCAUUUAUUGGAAAACAAAUAGAAAACUAACUGCCAAAACUGUGUAUGAUUCAGAGAUGCAAAAAAAAUGUGCAGUUUCAUAAAAGCAUUCGGCUAGUGGAGUUUAACUUAACGCGGCUUAACACUUGUGCUUGUAGAUGGAACACAAAGGAGAAAGGAACAAGAUAUAUUUUUUUGUACAGAUUUUUUUUUUCAAUCUACCGCUCUGCCGUGUAUCGGUACUUACAAAAAGGAGGUAAAAAAUUAGAACAGUGCCUAGUGAAAAAGCAUUAACAAUUCGAAUCAGCUGCGCUGGCCGGGAAUCCAUUUUUAAGUUCGAGUCUUCCAGUGUGAAACAAGCAAACAAGGAUCAUACGUUAAAUGCGGUGCGCAGAAUGUGAAACCGGCCCCGGGGGCAGCAGCAAACGAGCGAAUAAUGAGCUACUUAGUGUAAAAUAGUGACUGAGAUGGGACAGAUUUUUUUGUUCUAUCUAAAUACACAAACACACAUAUACACACACACACACACAACUCCCUGGAUGAAGAAGACAUUAGUGUGAUGAACAUUUAGAGAGCUAUGUUUAUUGUUUUGUUUGUCCAUUGUACAACGAUAGGCGCAAAACGCAUAAAAAAGCGACAAAAACUAUGCAAAACGCAACUAGAAAGGCUAGAAAUUAUUAGAGAUAAUAAAUAAAUAUAUGAUUAUUGUUAACGAA